AUGCCAAACUUUGCAGGCACGUGGAAGAUGAAGAGCAGUGAGAAUUUCGAGGAGCUCCUGAAAGCCCUUGGGGUGAAUGCAAUGUUACGGAAGGUGGCAUGUGCAGCGGCCUCAAAGCCCCAUGUUGAGAUCCGUCAGGAUGGUGACCAGUUCUACAUAAAAACUUCCACCACCGUGCGCACCACCGAGAUCAACUUUCAUAUCGGUGAAGAGUUUAAUGAGGAGACAUUGGAUGGCCGAAAAUGCAAGAGUCUGGCCACCUGGGAGUCGGAAAAUAAGAUGACCUGCAGGCAAACCCUUCUGGAUGGAAGUGGUCCCAAAACCUACUGGACACGUGAGCUGAGAGGAGAUGAGCUGAUUCUGACCUUUGGGGCAGACGACGUGGUGUGCACACGGAUUUAUGUACGAGAAUGA